CUGCAGCGGUGGCACCUACCAUGUCCCCCCCGAAGUAGGUGUCACCACGGCUCGGGGUGGGGACAGGCACAGUGCCUGUGGGUCACUCACUGUGCUUCCUGGAGGUGGGGACACCAGAGCGCUGCGUGGGGCAGAGGGUGACGGUGGCACAGCGGCCAUGGAGCAGCCCCGGCGCAUCACCGACUCCUUCCCGCGGCGGCGGCGGCGAGCCCUGGGCAGGUCCAAGGCCAAGCGCUGUCCCCAGGCCCGGCGCCGCGCUCCCCCGCCCGCCGAGGCGCCCCCGACGCCCGCCCCGGACCAGGCGCUCCUGGAGAUGCUGCGGGGCUUCGACCUCGCUUGGGAAUACGGGCCAUGCACCGGUAUCACCCGCCUGCAGCGCUGGGAGCGGGCGCAGGCGCUGGGGCUGAACCCCCCCAAACACGUGCGUGACGUCCUCCUGGAGCACAGGGACAACCCCGAUGUCACCUACAGCCUGUGGUACCAGUACGAGCUCUGAGCUGCUUCACCCCACGCCGGAGGGAGGAAAAAGGGGGGACAUUGUGCCCGUUGCCCCCCAGGCCUGUCCGCAGCUGUGCCGUGUCCUGGGGGAGCAUUGGGCGGAUUAAAGGCUGGUGUGAGUGAAGGUGGGGGCCUGCCGCCUGCUGUCUGGGAGGUACCCGGCACGGGGGGUGAAGCUCUGAUGUAGGGGAAGGGCAGGGGCUUGUAUCUCCUCCUCCAAGAGAAAGCCAGGCAGGUUUUCCAGUUACAGAGAGUUUAAUGCCAUCCCUGGGGGCUUUGCCACCCCACAGUGUCCCCACACAAUGCCCUCUGCCCCAUUUUGGGACCAUGGGGGGGCCAGAGGGGGACAGCGGGGAGUCCAGGUGUCCCUGUGCCCAUGUGUGUCCUUAACUGUCUGCACGAUGACACCCUCACGGGUGGCACAAAGUGCAGCACUUGUCCUCCAUCGUCCCCACCAGUGACACACAGACACACGUCACCGUGAGUUUCAGGAGGGAUUUCUCUGCUUCUCCAAAUCCGUGGGGAGAAGGAAAACGGGCUGAUUUUGCUGCUUUCCUCUUCCAUACAUGGACUGUGUCACCCUGGCAGGCACCCGAUGCCCCCCGUGCCUUGGGAGAAAAGGGGUGGGUGGACAUGAGCAAAGUUCCUUGGUAGCCACACGAGGAAUCCCAUAUAAAGCUGAGGUUACCUGGUAGUAAGAGCAAAAACAUUGAGUUUGAGUAUGGACAAAACAAAACUGCGACCCGUGGAGAAAAAGGAAUUAGGAGCAGGUUAUUUGGGCGGAGAAAGGAAGGUGGAAAAGUAGCAAAAAGGGCCCAGAAAUGGAAAAAAUUGAGAAUAAAGUAGAAAAUUGGGUAAACGUAAGCACAGGGGGGAUUUUCUGAUAUUCGGGUGCAGAUGGCUGCGGAUUGUAGUGCCAGGUCUGGCAGGCACAGCCCCGGGCUGUGGGGACUCCAACGGGACCUUCCUCCCAGUGGCGGUGGGGAGAGUGACAGAGCUGCCGUUCCACAGCAGUCCUGUGGGAUUCGUAAGAUUAAUAGCCCUAAUUAGUAGCUUUGCUGUGUUCAGAAUCAUUUAAUCAGGAGUUACUAAUAGCACGUGUUUGUUAAUUAUUUAGGUUAUUGAUUUAUUUGCUCUCUAGCAGUGCGUUGCUUCAUCGAUAAAAUAAAUCGGUUCUAUCCCAAGCCUGCAA